AAAAAAACCAAAUCAUCUGUUGAUAUGUUGCGCGUUCUGCAAAUACCCCAAAACGAUUAUGAUAUACCGACAAAACGUUCACCCAAUAGGUACAUACCAUAUAAAAGUGCUCAAUAUAGAGGCAAAACAUACUUAUAUGUAGAAGGGGAUAGUGGAACAGAUAGUGGUUACACCGAUCAUUAUAGUGAUAUUACUUCAUCUUCCGAAAGUGAGUAUGAAGAAUUCGAUAUCAAUGACAUAUAUGUUCCUGAUAGUCCUAAAUAUAAAACUUUGAUAGAAGUGGUACUUGAACCAUCAAAAAGAGAUACACAAAGUGGUAACAACACACCAAAUAGUGAUAAUACCAUACCAAAUAGUGGCAAUACCAUAUCAACUAGUGAUACACCAAAUACAACUAGUGAUAUACCACCACCCAUUACAGAUGAAGAAUGGAAUGAACUCAAACAUGAUUUUAUAUCACAAUAUGUAGUACGUGAACCACUGGAUGUAUCAAAUGAUUAUACAAGUGGAAAUGUUCCUUUAAAUACACAACCAAAUAUUUUAGGUGAUAAUGUGGAUAAUAAUACCCAUCUCACCCCGUCACGCGAUACGUUGGACCAAAAACCUUUUAUUAUGUCCAUACAUGAUAGAAAUUUACUUAGCGGAGAAGAAUACAAUUAUGAUAUGUUUAGAAAUGGUAAUAAUGAUUUAUACAGUGGUAUUGAUACAAUUAAUGGUAAUAAUGAUUUAUAUAGUGGUAUUGAUUCAACAAGUGACAACCAUCAUCCUUAUAGUGGUAUAGAUUUAAUUAAUGAUUCAUUAAAUAGUGGUAACAAACAUAUUGAUAUAUAUGAUGAAAUAUUGAAACGAAAAGAAAAUGAAUUAUUUGGGACAGAAAAUACAAAACGUACGAGUACACAUAAUGUUGCCAAACUUACAAAUAGUGACCCCAUCCACAACCAAUUAGAUUUGUUCCAUAAAUGGUUAGAUAGACAUAGAGACAUGAGCGAAAAGUGGGACAAAAACAAAGUGGAAAUGUUAGAUAAAUUGAAGGAAAAAUGGGAAAAUGAGACACAUAGUGGUAAUAAAACUAGUGGAAAUAUCACACCAACUAGUAAUAUACCUAGUGAUAACAACAUUCAUAGUGACGUACCAUACGUGUUAAAUACUGAUGUUUCCAUACAUAUACAUAUGGAUGAUCCUAAACCUACAAAUGAAUUCUCAAAUAUGGAUACAUACCCUAAUAAUUCUUCUAUGGAUAAUAUCUUGGAUGAUCUGAAAAAAUAUAAUGAACCCUAUUAUGAUGUGCAAGAUGAUAUUUAUUAUGAUGUAAAUGAUCAUGACGCAUCAACUGUGGAUAGUAAUAAUAUGGAUGUACAUAGUAAUGUAAAUAUUGAAAUGAGUGUAAAGAAUACCCAAAUGAUGGAAGAAAAAUAUCCUAUAGGAGAUGUUUGGGAUAUAUGA